UCUGGGUAAGCGCGACCUUCUUGGUUGUUUUCCAAAGCUGCAUAGUCAAUGUCAGAGCUGGUCGGCAGUAUUUCCUGAACGCGACAGCGAACAACUCAAGUGCGAGAUUAUGCGGCGCCUCCUCGUUUUCGCGGCCGUCGUUUGCGCCCUCCACGCCGAGGCCGAACGCGUUCUGGAUGACAUUUCUUCUUCUUCCGUCAUCGACCCUAUCGAGAUGUAUCGGAACGAGCGCAAGAACGGAAAUAAGGCCAAGGCGCUCUUUUUGGCGCUGACGGUCCUCAAACGGCUCCAGAGAAAUCGCUUGGACGAUCUGGACCACCAAAAUAAUGCUGGAAAUGCAGACAGGUUUGGUCUUGAGUGGAACAAAAGAAUGGGCACAACUGGAAAAAUUAACAAUGGCAAACAAGAGGCUGAUGGGAUUAAGAUCAAUUUUCGUCAAGUUGGAGAAGAAAGAAAACCUCAAGACGACCUGACCGAUUGGAUGAUGCGUAUGGCGAGCAAAUCAAUUGACGAGUCCGACUCGCGUUCCGUUGAAACGGUCAAACACACCAAAGGUCUCGGUUUGCAAAAGGACGACGACCUCAAGUUCACGGCCGUUGACUUCAAGGACAAUUUUUCCGACUGGCCCGCGACCUUCAAAUCCUCGGAAGAGAAAGUUGAUAAGGAAGUCAAAACUCACGAGCAGACUAAAGUCAUCUCUGACGCGGCGUUGCGCUCGCUCGUCUACCAGGGACAAAAAUCACGAAGGCCGUCGAGGCCGGGCUUUAGCUCUAAGGAGGACCGUUGGAUUAACCCUAGAUAUAAAUCUCCAGACGCUAAAAUGCCAAAAUUCACCCCGAGGGCCUUAGAACGCAAGUUUAAAGAGGGGCGAGAGCAUUGUGAUGCGUCAAGCGAUUCGUCCAGCAGUUCAGAGAAAUCGGAUAGUCGUUUUUCCAAGUGGGACAGACUUCUAGCUGCUCUUGACAGAUCAGACAGUAGUUCCUCCAGCUCGGACAGAAGGUCUUCUAGUUCGGAUAGCAGAUCCUCAUCCAGUUCAGACAGCAGUUCUUCAAGUUCGGACAAAAGAUCCUCUUAUCUGGACAGAAGUUGCUCCUGUCGGGACAAAAGGAUUUCCAGUUCGGAAAGCAGUUCCUCCAGUUCGGACAGCAGUUUUUCAAGCCUGGACAGAGAUUCAUCCAGUUCGGACAGUAGUUCAUCCAGUUCGGAUUCGGACAGUAGUUCUUCCAGUUUGAUAUCCGUCCGUUCAAUGUCCAGCAAAAGCUUGUCCCGCUUCUUUGAUUCGGACAGUUUUGACUCUUCAGAACCCAGCAUGAGUUUGUGGCCGUCCGGCAGCUCCAGCAGCUCGUCAUCCUCCGCGUCCAGCAGUUCUUCCGAUUCUUCAUCUCGAUCACAUUCAAAGACGAAGAAGAAGCCACUCUGCAGUUUCUGUCAAAAGAUGUUCCGUAAGAAGAAGGGGCCAAAAAAAUCAAGUAAAAGCAGUAGUGGAAGUUCAUCUUCGUCCUCGUCUGGAAAAUCCAUCCUGAAGCAUUAUCCAUUUUUACGCAAAUUAUUCUGAGCGGCGACUUUGUAGACAAACCGCUCCAAUGGCAUUCAAUUUUUUAUAUUUUUUUUUACGAAAACUUAUAAUUAUAUUCAUAGGACAAUUUUCAUAAUAAAUUUCAUUUUUAUA